AACCUUUUCCCCUGCAUUCCUGGAGUGCCAGACCAGGAAUUCCAUUCCACACACAGACUUCCUUAUCCAGAAGGAAGUGCUUGCCUCUCUGUGACUUCUGUCUCCAAUUGAGAGGAGGAACUCAAGGCAGAGCAGGCACAGGAGCUUACUAUGAGUCCGGACCCCCCAUUCAGGGCAAACAGGAUGCAGCCUGCUGGACAUUGGAUCUCGACUUCUUAUUUCCCCCGGAAGCUGCUUGGAGCAAUAUUCAUCCUGUACACGCUGAUAAUGGGUGUUUCUGCCUUCACCACUCCGUCCAAGGAGCACACAGUGACCGCAGGCAACUGCUCGUUUCGUGGUAAGCAUUACAAAGUGGAGCUCAGGGUGGCCAGUGAGCCUGUGGUUCUGAGGUGCCCCCUGGUGUGGCCUCAGUUGGGGGCCGCUGCCAGUCCCCAGGACCUUGUGACCUGGCGAAGAAACGGCUCUGCUCAGAGGCUCCCAGGGGCAGAGCUGAGGAUGCAGGCCAAAGAGAGUGCCCUCUGGAUCCUACCAGCUGUGCAGGGGGACGCAGGCACCUACGUCUGCACUGUCAGAGAUGCUUCUCACUGUGAAGAAAUGUCCAUUGAGCUCAAGAUUUUUGAUGAUGUGGAAACUUCCCUGCCGUUCAUCUCUUAUCCACAAAUCCUAACCUUGGGAACCAACAGCAUGUUAAUGUGCCCAGACACACUGGAUUUUGCCAGAGACAAAGCUGACAGGAGCAUUCGGUGGUACAAGGGUUCUGUCCUCCUGGGUGGAGACGGUGGGAGGUUUCACACUGUGGAGGAGAAAAGGCGCUUGCUCAUAGUCAAUGUGUCCAUGGAGGAUGAGGGCUACUACAGAUGUGUGCUGACUUUCGCCCAUGAGGGCAGGGAAUACAACGUCACCAGGAACGUCAGGCUCAGAGUCCACAAAAGAACCAACACCGUUCCUGUGGUUAUUUCUCCCCUGGACACCAUAUCUGCAUCUCUGGGCUCGAGACUGACAAUCCCAUGUAAGGUAUCUCUGGGAGCUGGCACGCCCUUGACCACCUCGCUGUGGUGGAUGGCGAACAUCACCCAAGUAGAGAGUGCCUACUCCAGGGGACGUGUGACCGAGGGGCCGCGCCGGGAAUAUUCAGAAAAUGGUGAGAACUUCAUUGAAGUGCCAUUGAAUUUUGAUCCAGUCAUAAGAGAGGAUUUGAACACGGAUUUUAAAUGCAUUGUCUCUAGUACGGUGGGUUUGCAGACGCUGCGUACCACAGUCAAAGAAGCCCCCUCCACAUUCUCCUGGGAAAUUGCCCUGGCGCCCCUGUCGCUGGUCCUCUUGGUUUUGGGGGGCAUCUGCAUGCACCAGCUGUGUAAACGAAGAUCUGGAAAAGCAUACGGUCUGACCACGCUCAGGACUGGCUUCCAAGACUUCCAUCCUAUCCCAGAAAAAUAAAGGAGUUAAAAUGAUACAAA